AUGAGAAUACAUACUGGAGAAAAACCCUAUCAAUGUGAUGUUUGUAAAAAGUGUUUUUCCAUACAAAGUUCAGUAACUACUCACAUGAGAAUUCAUACUGGAGAGAAACCCUACCAAUGUGAUGUUUGUAAAAAGUGUUUUUCCGAACACAGUACAUUAACUGCUCACAUGAGAGUUCAUACUGGAGAGAAACCCUAUCAAUGUGAAGUCUGUAAAAAGGUUUUUUCUCGGUCAGAAAGUCUUAUUGAGCACAGGAGAAUACACACUGGAGAGAAACCCUAUAAAUGUGAUGUUUGUAAAAGAGAUUUUAAAACAAGAAGGUAUCUUUCUGUUCACAUGAGAAGACAUACUGGAGAGAAACCUUAUGAAUGUGAUGUUUGUAAAAAGUCUUUUACUGAAGCAAGUGGGAGAAAUCUUCAUAUGAGAGUUCAUACUGGAGAGAAACCUUAUAAAUGUGAUGUUUGUAAAAAGUUUUUUUCUUGGUCAAAAAAUCUUACUGUUCACAUGAGAACUCAUACUGGAGAGAGACCUUGUAAAUGUGAUGUUUGUAAAAAGGGUUUUGCGUCAACAGGUUCGCUUGCUGUUCACAUGAGAACUCAUACCGGAGAGAGACCUUAUAAAUGUGAUGUUUGUAAAAAGGGUUUUAGGACAACAAGUUCACUUAAGCGUCACAUGAGAAUUCAUACUAAAGAAAUGUGA